AUGUCGUUGUCGAAGAACUUGUUUCUUGCCCUUGUGGCCUCUUCAUCCAUCUUGUCUGAUGCCUUGUCAAUUGAUCGUCGAGAUGUCAAACCUAAUCUUCCAUACGAUGUCAAUACAGCUAAGAAUUGUGCCUGGUGGGUCGAUUAUAAUGGAUCUCAGACGUGUGCGCAAAUGCUUGACGAGAAUUGGAUCGACUUGGAGCAGUUCCGUCGCUGGAAUCCUACUAUUGGAUCAGAUUGCGCAGGCCUCACGAGCGGGAAGUCUUACUGUGUCGAAGCGCCCGUCGACUCUGCUACUUCCACACCUACACCUACGCCAACGCCGACACCCACACCCACACCCAAGCCCACGUCCAUGCCUAGUGUUUCGAGCUCUUCCAUCAAGACCAUUGUAAUCCCCUCGUCUGCAUCAGGCUCCACCACCGCCGUAUCCUCCUCCACCACCACGAGUGCGGGCAAUGGUGUUGCAACGCCUCAGCCUACGCAGCCUGGGAUGGUGACCAACUGCGCCAAAUUUCAUUGGAUUGCCAAAGGUGUCGUAUGUAGCCAGGUUAUCAGCUAUCAGAAGAUCACUCUCCAAGAUUUCGUCAAAUGGAACCCAACAGUCCUCAACGAUUGCUCUGGCAUGUGGGCCGAAGUGAACGUUUGUGUUGGCGUCAUUGGAGGCACAACACCAACUUCAACCAAACCAACCACUACCACUUCAGCAGGCAAUGGAGUCGUAACUCCUCAGCCCACACAGCCAGGCAUGGUGACGAAUUGUGCUAAAUUCCACUGGAUUGCUCAAGGCGUUACCUGUAGCCAGGUUAUCAGCUACCAGAAGAUUACACUCCAGGACUUUGUGAAGUGGAAUCCAACUGUCAAAAGCGACUGUUCAGGAAUGUGGGCCGAUUCGAACGUUUGUGUAGGCGUCAUUGGAGGAACCACAACGCCUCCAACCCCAACUACAUCUGCGGGCAAUGGCAUCCAAACCCCACAACCUACCCAGCCAGGCAUGGUCACUGAUUGCAAGAAGUUUCAUUACGCAGAGACUGGCGUUGUUUGCAGCCAGAUCACAAGUUACAAUGGCAUUAGUCUGGCCGACUUUGUCAAGUGGAACCCUGGCGUUGGUUCUGAUUGUAGGACCAUGUGGGCGAAGACUUUCACGUGUGUUGGCGUCCUCUGA